UAUGAACGAGUUUAGGUUGUUCUCUCGCUGUUAUCAUGGCCUUGUUUGCUAGGUGAUGGAGCCAGUUUUAUUAGGCAUUGCUGAGAAGCACUUCAUCGCGCAAGGAUUCGCUGAUGGUGUUCGCAAUGAUGGCCGUGGUAUUGACGAUUUCCGCCCGAUCUGGAUCGAAAGCCCUGCUCUGACAACAACGCACGGGUCAUCCAGAGUGAAGAUUGACACAACUGAUAUUUUGGUAGGCGUGAAAUGCGAAGUCCUGGAAUGUGAAGACACUUCUUUGGCUCCGAACUGCCUGCAGUUCACUGUCGAUCCAUCUUGCUUAGCAGCGGCUCGCACCGAAGCACGAGGUGGGGAGCUUUUCACUGAAGCAAUCGAGGCUAUUUUGAUGGAAGCUUACCAUGGUAAUGGAGACGUUAUUACUAAUAUGGACAAGUUAAUUCUAUCGAAACAAUUUAUGUGGAAAGUUUAUGUGGACAUCGUCAUACAACAGUAUGGAGGAAAUGUUCUUGAUGCCAUUUUUAUUGCUGUGAAAACUGCGCUGCUUGAUACUCGCAUCACACAUCUAGCAUUGGUUGCUCAAGAUGAGGGAAAGUUUAACAUCGAAUGCGAUGAGUCUACAGAGACUAACUUCUUUCGACUUGAAGCUGCCAAUGCUCCCUUAUCGAUCUCGGUAAGUCAAGUUGGAAAGUCGAUUGCGAUCGAUUGCACAGAGGUUGAAGAGACGAUAAUGCGGACUGCACUAUGGAUCGUGAUGGAUCAGCCUGAAAAUGAGAGAACUGCGGACGAAUGCGUGCGAAUACGCGUUGUGAAGCAAAUGUUCCCUGGAGGUAUCGACCCUCGGUCACUACCGGCUAUGCUCGAUCUGGCUGUUCGAAGCGGAAGAAAAUUACAUGCUGCUGUGAACGCAAGAUUGCAAGAAAUUCGUGAACAAGACGACUCCGUCGUACCUGGACGAUCAUUUUUCGUGGAAUGAGCGCUUUGCGCAGUCAGGUCAUCGUUACAAUUUAUCGGCGAUUCACAACACGCAAAGACUGGACGCCGUUGCGUCCGACCAAGAUAGCUCGUACGUGGGAGGGACAGCAGA